UCUGACGUUUGCUAGCUGUGAAACCACGGAGUGAAUCAUAACAAUCAUAACUGAGAACAAAAUAAAAAUAUGUACAAAACAAAAGCUACAUUUUCCUUUUAUAACUUCUAAAAUAAUCUAAAAACAUCAGAAAACUGAUAAUCUUUAGAUUAUAUCCUUUAUCUCGCGGAUGACUGUUUUGAUAUGUGAUUUGUAAAUAUUCCCCGGUUUUAUUAGUUGUUAUUAAGUUAUAAAAGUGAUGUUUCUUCCUAUUUUUAGAAUUAAAAUAAAGGAAUUUGGAUAGUUCACGGUAAUCAAGAUAACGCCGAAGGAGAUAAAAAAAGCAAUCCAUGAAAAAUGGAAUCAGCAAGGAAGGAAUUAAGAGUCAGUCCAAAGGCACCAUACCAAAGAAUCCGGGGUAUAGAGAAAAAGCUGGAUCUUAUUAAAAGAGUAGAUAAUGGUGAAACGAUUGCGGAAGUUUGUGCCAAGGAGAACUUACGACAAACUGUCCUUUCAAAAUGGAUGGAGAACAAAAAUAAAUUAGAAAAUGUUGCUCACGCUAACAUCGAGGUAAUUCUAGCCCUCAAGGAUCAGAGAACCAUGCGGUUGAUAAAUGACAAGGUUCAAGAUAGACUUCACCAUUGGUAUAUGGCCUGUACAAAAAAUGGAAUUGAAAUUCGCAAUCGACAUAUUGCUAAUAAAGCCAAAGAGCUUAACAGCUCAUUUGGUGGAAAGACUGAUUUUACGGCUACCCCCUCGUUUAUUCAAAGUUGGAAAAGGAAGUAUAAAAUUGAUACGAUCCAUGUUAAUCGUCAGCAGAAAACAGACCAAACAGUUCUGGAACAUUUUCGCGAACGUCUGCUCGAAAUUAUCGACGAUGAUGGGUUAGACCACCAGCAGGUCUUUAUUUGUGGAGAAUUAAAGAUUGAUUACAAUACUCUGCCCACCAGGGAAGCAAUGCUUCAGGAAUUCGAGGGAAAAUGUCCGAGUAAGUGUAACUUGAGAAAGGGAUCUGAAAUUGCUGCUGAAGAAUUGAGUAUAAUGUUUUGCAGUAAUACAACUGGAAGUUUAAAACUGCCUUUGAUGGUAAUUGGAAAUUCGAUGAUUAAUAAUAAUGAGGAACUGCCUGUUUAUUAUAAAUAUCGUGACAGAGACUUAAUAGGAGGACAUGCUUUCGAAGAGUGGCAACAAGAAAAAGGUAUGCCUUGUGUAAGAAACUUUCUUAAAAAGCAAAAUUUGUCUUCUAUGGCUCUUUUGCUUGUCAGCCACUUUUACACUUCAGGGAAAAUCGUUGGAUUUGAAGAAAAAAUUGCUUAUCUUCCCCCAAACGCAAGUUGUAUUAUCAACUCUUUUAAUCAAAAGGUCCUGAAGGAAUUGAAGAUUCGUUUCUGGUUAAAAAUUUUUUCGUAUAUUCUCGAAUCCAGGGAAUGUGGAUUUGAUACGUCGAACAUCAAGCUAGAAGAAGUUCUUCAUUUAUUGGAUGAAGCCUGGAACGAAACUUCCGUUGAAGCAUUUUCUCAUUUUUGGGAUUUCCUGUCAGGAAAUUCAAAUGUCAAAAUGAUCGGGUCGGACAUUACUCCUUUAUGGAAACUUAUUUCUCUCAUUGAUAAAUUUUAUCGGGAAGAAAGUAAUGCAUGCCAAGUAAAGCAAGUGGAAACAAUUGAGAUUGAUUCUGACGAUUCGGAGGCGAAAGAUGAUGAUGAAGUUUUUGUGGUGUAUCUUGAUGCAGAUGGAAGGGAAACUAAUUGUGAAAGAGAAACCAAACCUAAUUCUGAAAGGAAAGAAAGAAACACUGAUUUUGAAAAAAGUGACGCUAAUUUUGAAGAGGAAGCUCAGCCCAGUUCCAAUCAAGAAGAAGCUAAUCUCGACUUUGAAGAAGAAGAGAUUAACAUAACGGUGCAAGGUAGUGAAAACGAAAAGACUUUUGAAAGAGAAGCCGAACCUGAUUCUGAAAGAAUUGACGCUAACAUUGAGGAGGAAGUUGAAUGCAGUUUCGUUGAAGAAGUUAAUCCGGAUUUUGAAGAAGAAGAGGUUAAAAUAACUGUGCAAGGUACUGAAAACGAAAAUACAGUUGUUUCUAAUAUAACUACAGAAGAGUGUAUAACUUCUCUGGAGACGGCGAUCCAGUUCUUCAUGUCCAGAAAUAAAUACGGAGAAUUUUCGGAGGAUAUUGAACACUUGAGGAUUCUUCUAAAUAGGGCUUGCGAUAUAGACAUAGAAAUGGCUACUAACUGAAGAUCUUCCCCUAUGCGACGUGGAAUCUGUAAACAAAUGUGCAAACUAUGAUUUAUGAAGAAACUAAAAUCUUCAGGAAAAAGAGUUUUUUUAAUAUUGACUGUGUGUUAGGCUUAAGUAAUAUAUUAAUUAAAAUUUUUUAUUUAAAUUAUGUAAUUUAAAAUGUUAUGCGUGUGUCUAGAUAUCUCGAAAGCUAAAUGUUACCUAAAAUAAAUAAAUAAAUAAUUUCAAGGGCGAUUGUGUUUGUAAUAAACGUUAAUAAA